AUGGCAGCCAAGGUCUUAGGCAUAAGCUCACAGGGUUUUGUUUCUUCCUUUCUUGUUUUCCAAGGAGUCCAAGUGAACCUGGGAUCAUGCAUUACCCUCAAUGUCCUGAGAGUCGUGGAUCUGAAGUACUGCAGUGGCAAUGGCAAUGGACAAUCUCAGCAGAUUCCCGGCGACAUCGGCAACCACACGUCACAGCAGGUCAUCAUUGCUGGCCAGUCCCAAAUUGUGACCAUCAACAGGCAAUGGCAGGUGGCAAUCAUUGAGAAAACCACCGGCAGCGGGUCCUGGAAAACCAUCUGGAACUACAACACGGGUGUCAUUGCAACCAGAGUCACGCAACAGAACGCCUGCUACAUUUCCAUCAUGAACAGAAAUGAGAUGCCCAGCUUCAAUAAUCUGGCCCGCCUGGCACAGGAGAGCAGGGUAAGACUCCCAAGGAGAGAGCCUACCAAGAAGAUCACCUUUGUUGCCAAUGGACUGGUCAACAACCUCAGUUCUUACGGAGCAGACAUCUUCUCUAUGUGCAGUGGACUCACCACCUACAUGGCUUACGAAGUUCACGGAGUCCAAGUGAACCUGGGAUCAUGCAUUACCCUCAAUGUCCUGAGAGUCGUGGAUCUGAAGUACUGCAGUGGCAAUGGCAAUGGACAAGUAAGAAAAGCUUAG